AUGGCGGACAACGUGGACCAGCAACAAACUACGAAAACUGUAGAAGAGCCCCUGGAUCUUAUCAGGCUCAGCCUGGAUGAGCGAAUUCAUGUGAACACUGAAAGCCUAACUCUAUGGUUUCCUCUGUCCCCAUCUCGACAGGACCCCGUGACCUUUGACGACGUGGUUGUGUACUUCUCCCUGGAGGAGUGGGGGCUCCUGGACGAGGCUCAGAGACGCCUGUACCACGAGGUGAUGCUGGACAACUUGGCACUUGUAUCCUCUCUGGGUGGCUGCUGUGGAGCAGAGGAUGCACAAGCAAACUGUGAACAGAGUGUUUCUGGAGGAGGGUCACCGUCCAGCCCCUCCAAGGCAGCUCUGUCUUUGCUGAAGACCCACUUCUGUGAGAGCUGUGGUCCCAUCUUGAGAGUCAUAUUCCAUUUGGCUGAGCACCAAGGAACACCACACAGCCAGAACGUGGUCAGGUGUGGGGAAUGUAGGAAGGAAUUCUAUUUGGGUGCAAACCUCCAAACACACGGGAAAGAGAGAAAAGCUUCUUUCACCUGCGGAGAAUGUAAGAAAGGCUUCAGUCUGAGAGACACACAUGCUCAGGACCAAGAUGUUCGCACUGCAAAACAGUGUUUUAUGUGCAGUGCAUGUGGGAAAACAUUCCGGGAUCAGUCUUCAUUCGCUGUUCACCAGAGAGUGCAUAUAGGUAAAAGCCUUCACGUGUGUGGCCAGUGUGGCCAGUCUUUUAGGCGAACCUCAACCCUCAGUCAGCAUCGCAGAUUUCAUUGUGGGCCAAGGCAGUACAAGUGCGGCAAAUGUGGGAAGUCCUUUCACCCAAAAUCUGUCCUCAUUUAUCCCUGGAGAAGUCACGCUGGGGAAAAAUGUGACUUGUGCCGUGAAUGUGCGCCAUCUUUUAGCCGGAGAUGCAUCCUCAUUCGACAACGGACCGUUCACUCUGGGGAAAGGCGUUACGAGUGCACGCAAUGUGGGGAGUCCUUUAGAAGAAAAUUUUACCUCAUUCUGCAUUGGAGAGUUCACACUGGAGAAAGGCCCCAUGAAUGCCGUGAGUGUGGGAGAUCUUUCACCAGGAGAUCAGUCCUUACUCUACACCGGAGAGUGCACACAGGAGAAAGGCCUUUUCGGUGCAGUAAAUGCAGGAGAACCUUUCCCGGUAGUUCCAUACUCAUUCUGCACCAGAGAGUGCACACAGGAAAAAGGCCUUAUGAGUGCAGUGAAUGUUGGAAAUCCUUUAGCCAACAAUCUUACCUCAGUCGACACCAGAUAGUUCACAGUGGAAGGCAGUCUUAUGAAUGUAGUGAAUGUGGGAAAGCUUUUCUCUCUCACCGUGGCCUUAGUUACCAUCUGAGAGUUCACUCUGGAAAAAGGCCUUAUCAGUGCAGUGAUUGUGACAAAUCUUUCACCUCACAAUCGGGCCUGCGUUACCAUCUGAGAGUUCACACUGGAAAAAGACCAUAUCAGUGCCGUGAAUGUGGGAAAUCUUUCUUAUAUGGUUCCUACCUCAGUAUUCAUCAGAGAGUGCACACAGGAGAAAGACCUUAUCAGUGCAGUGAAUGUGGUAAAUCCUUUCUCCGAAGACAUCACUUUCUUGCACACCAGAGAAUUCACACAAAGGAAAGACCGCAUCAGUGCAGUGAAUGUGGGAAAUCUUUUAUCCUAAGACAGCACCUCCUUGUACACCAGAGAGUUCAUGCAGGUCAAAGGCCUUAUCAGUGCAGUGAAUGUGGGAAAUCUUAUUGUUCAAAGUUCAACCUCAUUCAACAUCAGAGAGUUCACACAGGAGAAAGGCCCUAUGAGUGUAGCGAAUGUGGGAAACGUUUCACCUCAAGCUCUGUCUUCAAUUAUCAUAAGAAAGUUCACUCUGGAGAAAGGCCUUAUCAGUGCAGCGACUGUGGGAAAUCUUUUUUCUCAAGUUCCAACCUCAAUACUCAUAAGAGAGCACACACAGGAGAAAGACCCUAUGAGUGUAGCGACUGCGGGAGAUCCUUUUUCCGAAGUUCCCACCUUCGUACACACCAGAGAGUUCACACAGGAGAGAGGCAUCAGUGCGAUGAAUGUGGGAAAUCUUUUGCAUCCGCUUUCAAUCUCAGAAAUCAUCAGAGGGAUCACACAGGAGAAAAGCCCUAUGCGUGCACUGUAUGUGCGAUCUCUUUCACCACUCAGAGGAAGCUUCGUUAUCAUCUGGGAGUUCACACCGGAGAAGGGCCCUAUGAGUGCCGUGAAUGUGGGAAAUCUUUUACCUCUCAUUAUGCCCUCCAUGACCACGAGAGACUUCAUACAGACAAAAAACCUUAUGAAUGCACAAAAUGUGGGAAAUCGUUCAGAGCAAAUUCUCACCUCAUUGAACACUGGAGAGUUCACACUGGAGAAAAACCUCAUCAAUGUGGAGAAUGUGGGAAGUCUUUUUCAUCGGGCUCUGGCCUCCGUUAUCAUCAGAGUGUUCACACCAGGUUAAGACCUCAUGAGUGUAGUGAAUGUGGGAAGUCUUUUAUGCAGAGACAUCAUCUUCUUGCACACCGCCGGGUUCACGCAAAAUAAGGGCCUUACGAUUGCAGUGAAUGUUGCAAAAACUUUAAGGAUAGUUCCCAGUCCAAUUAACACUAGAGCAUUCACACUGGAGGUAGGCGUUUCAAAUAGGGGGGAACAUUUUUCAGCCGUAAUUUUUACCUUUUUAUUUUAUUUUAUUUUUUAAUCCUCACUGGAGGA